AGUUACUCUUGCAGGGCGGUCGUGUUCAGACACUCAUUGCCGCCAUUUUGUAUCGCGGGCGCGUCGCCAUUACACCGUUUAUUACUUCCUUGUUUUCAUUUAUCAACCUUGAACUAAAAAACAUCAAUAAUUUCAGAUUGAACUUUCUAAGAGUCAGUGACAAGUGUCCGCUUACCAAGAUGUCCAGCACCAUAGAAGACAAUUAAAAUAAAUCUUUAAAUCUUAUCGAACACAUCGAUAUCAAUACAACAAUGAUAUCGUGCCCGUCAAAGUGUUAGGAGGAAGACAGCUCUAAAUAUCUGAAGUGAACUAUCAAUGCUAAAUUACAGAUUGGUUUCAACGCACUUUUUGAAGCAACCAUAGGUUUUGAAGAACAAUUACGUAACAGAGUGGUGUUGUGGUGCCAGUAUGUGCCGGGACCGCGAUAUGUCGAGGCAAACCUGCGAGAUUAUAAAAUAGACUGUUUGAUUUUGGUGUCUGACACUAUAUUAGUAUUAAGAAUUAGUUUGCCGCCAUAACGGAGCUCGUAUCAGAGUACCCGUUCCGUUUUCGUUCAUUUAUUUUGUUUUAUAUAAAAGGAUAAAAAGCCAUACUGUUUUGUGAUUGGUUGUGGAUUAUUUGAACGGGUGCUGCCCAGACCUGGGCACUAGAACGACCCUGGCAAGUCGAAGUUGGGACAGCAUAUCCAGAGUUUUUAAUUCAAUAGUAGGCGCUGCAAGAAACUGCAUUAAUCUCAUAUCGGCAUCAUUUGGAUAUUGGUGAUUUGCAUAGUAUUAUUGAGAAGCGAAAAUGGUUGUCGUGGGAAGAUACCAGGGUGUUGGCACUCCGUCCGACUGCUCAAGCGACCGUCCAAUUGUUUUAUCCGGAAACGGGUGGCCUGCGCAGAACUGCGAGCAAGAGAGGGAAAGAGAAACAGAGAAUAUGGCAGCCCCCGAGUGUGAGCGAGAGGUCCGAAAAAGACGGGAGCGUCGUGAUUCGGGCUGUGCGCAUGAACGGAAAGAACGACGACCGCACAGUGAAGAGCGGCUCCCCCCACCACCGCCGCCGCCAUUGCAAGACUACAACAGACUUGAGUCUGAACGCCGAGCUGAAAGGCUGUCUCGAGCUCGGCGCCCACAGUUUGGCAAGCGGCGACGAACGCCGGCCCGCCUUCCGCGACAGCCCAAGGAAAACGAUCAUUUAACCGCUGAAGAAUCUCGCUGUGGAACUCCACCAAACUUCGAAUACGUCAUCCAACAGAAACCCGAAGUUUCCGAAGAGCCUGAACGCUCGCAGAGUUGUCGUCGUGACGAAGCAGAAUGCACACGGCGUGAUGAGCGCAGCGUGCCGGCACGACUGACACAGGCCAGCCCUGAUCGAAGACUCGAGAAGAUUAACAAAAAAAUUGCAGUCCUAAAGAAGAGUAUUAGUAAAUACGAAAAUGAUUUCGAAGUGCAAAAUGGUCGGGCGAUUUCGCCAGGUGACCGAAUGACAGACCUCCAACUAACUCGGAUGAUCGAAACUCUGAAGAGACUUCAAAUAGAAAAACGUUGUAUCAAAACAGAUCCAGUGGAAUAUGCACUUAAAGUUAAAGCCGCUAAGGCACAGAAGGAGAGAGAUGAAAAAUUUGAUGCAGCUCUUAAAAGUGACAAACCCAUGACAGAACUUGUUUGUGACAUCGAAGAGUGGAUCGAAGGUGCUCGACAUUUAGGAGGCAGGUCCAACAUUCCCGAGGCGAAUUGGACUUCAGCACAGUUAGCUGCAGAGAAAUGCUGCGUUCAGCGCGCGUUGUUGAGACUAGAAGCAGCCAGGGGAAGACCUGCGGCGAAUAGCGCGGAGCGAGGUGCUGCGAGGCAUCUGUACGAGAGAUACCGCGCGGUCAAAAGGACCUUGGCUUCGAGGUCUGAUAAUCUGUUGGGUGCGAAUGGCGAGCUGGCGACGAUACACGAGCAUGAAGCAAUGUUGUUCAACUCCAGUGUUGAUAGCUCCAGUGAUUCGCAGGAGAAGCCUUCCGAUUCUUCGCAGGAGACACCUAAGGAACCCUUGCAAUCACCUCCCACAAGAGAAACUGUUGAGGAAGUACCCUCAUCCACCUCAUCAGCGAAGUCUGCGACGAGUGAGGAGACACCUACCAAUGAGGGUCUCCACUACCUUGCCCUGGAGGAUCUGGUGCGAGCACUCGCUGAAGCCAAGAUGACCAAAUGUAUUCUUCGCCGCUCAAUCAAGGAAUAUGAAUCUAACUUCGAAAUGCAGAACAGCAGAAAAGUGCAACGUGAUGAUAAAAAGGGCAAAGAAGAGGAUUAUCAGAAAUACAAGGGCUUGAAAGCGAGAAUCAAGUUAUUAAAUGCUCUUAUUAAUAAGCAAAAGGCUCUACAGUCAUUCUGAUAUUAUUUAAUUGAAAAGGAGAGUUAAAGAGAGAGUUUAGAGAGAUAAAGCAUAACUUUUAAAUAAUUUUUCAUCUCUCCAAAGGAUGUUGAAAGAAAAACGGCUCCAAUUAAUAUAUGGUUGUAAUUAUAUGGAAAUACAUUGAAAGCUUUGGUGGAAUUUGCGAGUUGUAUGUAAUACUGGCAGCGGAUUUAAUGUGUAUUAAGAACCUUAUUGAAAUAUGCACUUAAUUUAUAGAAUAGAAGUUUAAAAUCGAGUAAAUAGCUGGUAUCUAAAUAAUAAUACUAUGUUCUACAAUGUCGUGAAAGAUAUAAUGAAAUAGAAUAGUGCCAAACAUUCAAAAUGUUACAUAGAUUUUUUUUGUUUCUUGUUUGGACUAUAAUGUAUCUUUUAACUAUUAUCUGCUAAAUAUUCUGUAGUAAUAUAUUAGACAUUUUAAAGAACUUUUUGUUUCAUGUUCUUUGGACAGUUAAAAAAAUAAGUAUGAAUAAUUAAUGUUUUCAAAAAUGUUUAUCGUGCUUGUACCUUAUAUUAUUGUUAUCGUGUUAUUUACAAUUUAAGUGUUUUAUAUUUUUAGUGGUCCAUAUUAUUUUAGUUAUUCUGAAUGAUAAUAAUAUUUUACUUUUUUAAUGUUAAGUAUAUUUUCAAUGACUUAAUUAUGAGUUUUCAAUGGCCUAAAAGUAUUUAAGACAUGCAUACUCGUACGAUUUCAUUUAUGUUAAAUAUAACUAACCUAUUUGUACUUUUAUUAUUCUAUAAUUUUCGUAUAAGUUUAAAAUAUGGUUGACGCUGUGAUUUAUGAUUAUGACGUCACUUGUUUAACAAGAUGAUUCUAGAUUUAGACUUAUUUAUUGACCAAUAGUCUUAUGUCUAAACGGUAUUAUAAUUGAUAGAGACAAGUCGCCAUAGCGAAUUACGUUUCUAUAAUAAUUUAAAAUUUAUUUGCCUGAUUAUAUUUCAAAAGACAAGAUAUUAAUGUCUAUGUCAAUUUAAUUUGCUGCUAAUAUUCCCUUUGCAACAGAAAGUCUUUUUAAAUAAAUUAGUUUAGCAGAUAGUCGUGAGUUUCCAAUGGUAAUCAUGUGGAAAUAUUUAUUCUUGCUUGUAGUUUUUUUAAUAUUCUCGUGAAUUUUAUUUCAAGAUGUGAACAGAUAAAUUGACUGAUAUUAUUCUACCAUUACCAGGAAUCAGAACUAAUGUAAUUUUUAUUUUAAGGUGUUUACGAUGCUAUUUGGUUUUAACGUAACCCUUGUUUGAAUCUUGGCUGUUUGUAAAAGUUUAUCGAGUACGAGGUGGUCUCCAUCACUAAGGGCCUCGUUCACCAUGUCCAAGUAAAGCUGUGGUAAGUAACUUCUCAAUUAACGUUAAUUGGAAGCUACAUGUUAUGAGUAUCUUUUGCCAAUUUCACAAGCGAAAAUAUAGCUUGAGUAACUACUGAUUGGUUAAGUGAGUAAUGAAUCUAUCACACGUCAUAUUCGUUCAAUUUUACGUCAAAUAUCACUUGUCAAACGUCAUUGCAGAUUGUCAUUUGUGAUUUUGUUAAAUGUUGAGCGUUCAUUUCACUGUUUAGCGCCAGAUGUUUGUUUACCUUUGAAACUAGAAAGCAUCUGGAAAUUAUAUAAUACAGUUUUUGUCAUUUAGUGGUUACUUGUAUGAAUAUCAUUAUUAUGGAUAAAAUUAAAAUAGAGAGAAGUGCAUACUUUACACGAGCGGGAUAUUUUGGUAUUAUUAAAUAGAAAUAUGGUGAUAUUUUGGAAUUUAAAUAUACGCAUACUUGGUAUUUGUUCCAUGGAAGAAUAAUCUUAACUCGUCCAAUUGAUGAUCAAUCAAAUCGAAUUAAUCCAUAUCUAAUAAUUUAUUUUUAUGCUACCUCUGAAAAGAUGCACAAAACAACAAAUGAUAAUAAUAGUAGGCACAUAAUAUCAUGCAACUGUCAAGUAACCGUGCUAAUUGGCAGAAGAUGUGGCAAGUUAGUUACGGGACAGUUAAUCUUAAGAUUAGUGUUACUUUAAGGUCGUGAAAUUCGCAUGUUAUGUUACUAUUGACUUUACUCAGUGAUUAGCUUACUUGAUAGUUUACUUAAAUGUGGUGAAAGAGGGCCUAAGGGUUGCGUGCCGUAUCUAUAACUCUAUACGUUUGUAAAGUUAAGCUGCAUUUGGUGUUCGACGUCAGUCGAGCGGACUAUCCUAUAGCUAUUAUUGCGAUUAGUUCUCAGCUGAGAGUACUCUUGAUUGCGCGCGUACAAUUGCGAAUAAAAAUGAAUCCAUUUUUCACCUCUUUAAUAUGUGCGUACUUACUAAUUACGCAAACGAUUAAGGAAUAAAAGUCAGAUAGAGUGCCUACUUGAAGGUGAAAUUUGUAAAAUAUAUUCGAAUUUGUCAGAACACGAAUUUUUCUUUACGAUUUUUGAUUAUUACCAUAGCGCGACAACGGACCGACGAGUAUCGUCAGCGCAACGUAGUAAUACGCGCGUAGGAAUUCAUCAGCACUGGACUGAACGCGUUCAUAUUGUGUUUUCAUAGUUAUAGCUACGCUGUACCGAUAUCAGAGCGUACCGACGAUCGAGCACCUAAAAUGCAAUGCAGCCUAUUUUUUUUUAUAUCUACCAGCAAUAGUAAUACAUACUGUGUCAAAAUUCAACAGUUCUUACUAUUGUGGCUUAUAAAAUACAGUCCCCUAAUAGACCGAUGUGAUAUUACGUACGGACUGACAAACAGCGGGGUUCUCGUAAUAGAAUUUCCUUUAGUUACUGUUCAGGUACGGAAACAUAAAAGGAAAUCAAAGAAAAUACUAUAAAAAGAGAUUAUAUGCAUUAGUUAUAAUGCAGUUGUAAUCGUAGGCAUUCAUAAAAUAAGGGCGCAUCGAAACCGCGCGAUUAUCUACUAUAAGAAAGUAUUAUGUAGGUAUGUACUUACUAUCAUAAAGCGACAUUAAAAAGUUUAAAAUAUGGGAUGAAAUUGAAUACAUUUAUUAAAAAAUACGUAGUAAGUACUUAACUAGGCAUAACUUUAAUAUUUAUCACGUUGAAAUUAGUCUAAAAAUCUAUAGAUUCAUAGCAUUAAUAUAGAUUACAGCUUUUUAUAAGCCGAGUCAAUAGAGAAACAAAACUUAAAUCGUUGUAUUCUUUCUCACUAAGGCUGAGAACUAUAAAGCUUACUUAGACUUUGCUCAGUCUUUACUUACGUAAAAAUAAAUUGCCUUUGCGGCUGUGUUAGCUUAAACUCAGCAUAAUUUCAGCUAAACAAUUUGUUAUGUUUUUAAAGUGAUAACCCUCACUUCAAUUUGAAAACAAAAUUUUAUGAACGAUGUGCGACUCGAACCCACGAUUUCUCGCGUUCCGUGCGAUUGCUCACCCAACUGAGCUAACCGUUCGAGUGACGUAACGUCAUAAAAUCUUGUAUGCUUUGUUCAACUCUCAGGUUGUGGUUUCAUAUAUAGGAUCUACUUUACAGUUGAUAACCUGCUCAACACCAAUAUCUCCAUAUUAGGAUAUUGACUUGAGAUGUCGCUUUAGAAUAGUACGGUUAGCUCAGUUGGGAGAGCUCUCGCACGGUAAGCGAGAGGUCGUGGGUUCUAGUUCCGCAUCGUUUAUAAAAUUUUGUUUUCAAAUUUUUAUUUGAUAAUUUCAGCUGCCAAAUAAAUAAUUAAACAAAAUCAAAGAAUAUGCUAAGAUUACACUCGGCUGAGUUUUACCUAACGUUUGAGCAAAGACUUAGUACGCUCUGUUCUUCUACAGACUUAAACCUGAGAGUAUAUAUACUAUCUGUAGGAAAGUAUUCUCACACACACAAUAAAUAAACAACGAUUUUUUCAGGCUCAUAUAUUGACAUAAAGGUGGCGUUGUUGUGAUGAAAAAUCAAUGAAAAAAUUUGGGUUCAAUAAAAAAGUAUUUAUUCUUCUGGCAGUACCUACUAUUACAGCGACACAGAAGAAUAGAAACUACAGAACUAUUUAAAACAAAAGUUGUAACAUAACUAUGAAAACUUCAAAAACUUGUACUUAAGGGAAAUGCAAAACCGUACUGACGCAACAGGACUAGCGUAAGGGGGUGAAAGGGGAACGGGAGGGGAUAACGUUCUAGCGAGGUUCACAGAUAAUGUUGCCUGUGCUGUAACUGGCUGUGCGUCACAGUCUUUUAGCAAGUUUUUGUAACAGCCCUAGCAUAUUUGUAGCAACUAGAUGUCAAUACUAUACAUAGAUGUUUAGCGGCAGAGUAAGGAGUGGACCCAAUAUUUAUAUUUAUUACAAUCGAAGGGCGGAAUUGUUGGCAACAAUUGAAAGUAUCUACAAACAGUGAUUAUGAGUUAUUUUCUCUAUUGAUGAGGUUUAUAAAAUACUAUGCAUACUUAGUUGUAAACAGAAAAAUUACUUCCUAUAUUUUAAACGAAAAUUGCAAGAACAUCUGUGGAAUUUACAACCAAUCAAAAAACAUCAAACUUUUAUAUUUAUCAUAAAAAUAAUUAAGACUUGGAUUAUAUUAUGAAUAAUUAAUGAUGUUAUGAAAUAAUUAUAUUAAAAUAAUAUCUCUUAGCGUUUACGUCAAAAUAUAUAAUAUUAUUGGACGUUUAAAAUAAAUAAUUAACUUUUCAA